AUGUCUAGCCCAGGCGAAAAUCCUCAGACCCUCACAGAGGAAAUGCUACUGUCCGCCCAAACCGGGGACCUCACCAAACUGCAAAGUCGACUAGUCAGAUGGGAGACCGAGGUCGCUGAUAAAAGUGUCAUGCAUUCAUUGAACACCAACGAUCCCAUCAUGGAGAAUUUCUGUCCGGCGCUAGGGUUUGUGACCUAUAAUGAGGCGCGAGUGAGCUGGUGUCUCCAGCACGGAGCCAUUCCUAACGCGAGAAACAAGAACAAGUACCAGGACGUGCCCAGCCAAGCUGGUCAUUAUGCCUCAGUAUCGACAUUCCAGUUGCUUGCCGCCGACGGGGCUAACUUCCCUUGUAGCAAUGUCCUUCAACGGGCUGCUGAAAGUAGAUACAAAGGGCGGAUGGAGGCCCUACAAUGGCUUUUAGACGAGGCGGGCUUCCCUAUCAACCAGCACGAGUUUGAGUGGGAUCCAGCUACAUUUCGCAAUUGGCGGGGGAAUGUUUUAGGAACGGCGUUGCACUAG